AGAAGCUGCUACAAACAGCCAGAGGUCUUCCAGGUCUCUCCUGUCCAGCUGUUUCUUCAGUGAACCCCCCGUGUAGCAAGGUUGUUUUCCCUCUUUCCCAAAGCACAAAUACACUUGGCUUUGCUUCAAAACUUCAGCCACAGCAGAAUGUUUAAAAAACUCACCAAAUUCCUUGUAAGUCAAAUGGAUCCAUGCAAAGAAUUGGUCCCUGUCGAGAGCAUCGCAGACAAUGAGCAUUUCAGGCCUCUCUGUCUACUGAUAGAAAGAAGAAAAUCAAACCGCAUAUUCCACUCAGCUCCCUACUACCAGAGGACAGGGUUCACACUGGAAGAUGUGCUGCUGCCUGGAGAAGAUGGUAAAUGCAUAGAGUCUCUCCAUCAAGAUUCCAGCCAAUUUACCCUCAGAAAAACCAGCGCUGACCAAGCUGAUGGAGGUCUCAGCAUUGCUUUUGACCCUGCAAGUGUUGGGCUGCAAGGAGGUGCCUCCUUGUCCAAAGAGUUUUCCAUUACACCACAGAAGAAGAGCGUAUCGCUGGAAUCACUGGAGGCACUGAGAAGAGAAAGGGAAAUCAACAUGGAUCAUUCCUUCAUCCAGCAACUACGGAGAACAGACAUCAAACUAUGUAUGGUCACUGAAAUCCUCGAAGCCUCAGAGGAGGCCGUCUACAGGGAAUCCACCAAGGCAGACGGGGGCAUCAAGGCCAAAUUUUAUGCCACGUUCUGUGCACAGGUUUGGCUCCUC